UGGAGAUCACCAUGACUGAUGGUGUGCAGGUGGGCCAGGACACGCUGUACGACAGUGCCGGCGCACUCACGACCGAGUACUCGGACAAGUAUGAGACUUUUGUGGACAUUGAGGCCGGUACGGGUAAGACGAUGCGCGCCUACAAGCGUCUGAUGGCUUCGUACGCGCUGUCGCCGUCUACCAGCAACAGCUCGUUUGCCAUGAGCGAUGUGCUGUACCCGACGCUUCCGACGGAAGUGGUGAUCCCCAUCUACUGGGGACAGGAGGGAUCCACCAUCACAGACUCGAAGGUGGACGACUACGACUCGAUUGUUUCAUUGCUCGACUCGAUGCUGCCAGUGCUCAUCGUGGGCAUUGUGGUGGGCGUGAUUCUCGGCGGUGCCGGCGCCUUCGUCAUGCGUCGUCGUCGACAGCCGACCAUCAAGGCGUAAGUUAGAGAUGAAAGUAUCACGAUAGAUUGGGUAGUAAGGUUCAACAUGAACACUCAUGUUGCUACGCCGACUAUGCAAGCAUUUCAUCAUGAGACCGA